AUGUCGACACCUGCUUUCAAGACUCAUAUUCUCGUGUUUGGGGACCAGACGGAGAAGAUCCUGCCUGCCAUCCAAGAGCUGUACAGGCACGCCCCAAACUCGCUAUACCUACGACGCUUUCUUCAAGUCUCUCACGAUGUUGCUCGACGCUACUUCGAGAGUCUAUCUGCUCUCCAGAGCCAGAGGCGGUAUUUCGACACAUUUUUGAGCCUUGCCGACGAGUCCGCUCAACAGAAACACCCGGACAUCAUCGUCCAGAGUAUGCUCCUCUGUGUAGCACAGCUGGGCACGUUGGUAAUGAAACUAGAGGAAUGCCCGGAGUUGCUGCAGAGCACUAUCAUGGUAGGUUGGUGCACAGGUUUGCUUCCGGCCGCAGUCGCUGCUUCGGCGGUCUCAAUGGUUCAAGUAUUGGAGCUUGCACCGAGGGCUGUAGAGCUUUCGAUCAAGAUCGGCGUGGAUGCGCAUCGCAAAGCCGCAGCAGUUGAAGAUCACCCUGGAAGUUGGGCAAGGGUUGUAAAGGGAUGCCCGGAAACCGAUUUAGAGGCGAUGUUGAACCAGUUCAACGCGACAAACAAUCUGCCAGCUCCAAAAGCAGCAUAUAUCAGCACAGUCGGAUCUUCUAGCUGUACUAUCAGUGGCCCCCCUUCAACACUUGAAACCCUCUUCAGGUCAACUUUGUCCAAUUCCCGGCAAUUUCCAUCGGUCUCGCUCCCGAUCUCGGCACCUUUCCAUGGAUCCCAUCUACCAGAUCUGGGCGUCUGGGACAGUGAGAGAUCGGAGAAGCAGUUUGGGAACGCCGCAAUGCUACGCGAUAAGGCCGCCAUCAUUUCGCCAAGCUCUGGCAGAACCUACGUUGGAACGACACUAGACGAAAUGUUGCCUCAGAUCGUUGACGACAUUCUUUGGAAACAAAUCCGGCAGCAAGAUGCAUUCACCGGUAUUCGACUCCUAUGUGGCGACAGCCAUGUCAGGAUCACACCCAUUGUGGCCACGGCGGUCUCCAAGCAGCUGGAGGAUCACCUGUGCGAGCAUGGUAUCACGGUUGAUUCUCAGCCAUUUACCAAGCCGGAGUCUACGCCGUCAAACUCCAACUCCGUUGCCAUAGUGGGCAUGUCGGGGAGGUUUCCAGGAGCAGAAUCUCUCGACGACUUCUGGCGGGUUCUAGAGGCCGGUAUUGAUCUCUGCCGCGAGAUUCCGCAAGACCGGUUCGAUGUCAAGUCCCAUCAUGACCCCACCGGCAAGAAGGAUAACACAACUCUGGCGCGAUUCGGUUGCUUCAUCGACCGCCCUGGAAUGUUCGACGCGAGGCUUUUCAACAUGUCCCCGCGCGAAGCAGCCUCAACUGACCCCGGUCAGCGGCUGCUCCUGAUGACGACCUAUGAGGCACUGGAGAUGGCGGGAUAUACCCAAGAACCACAAGCGGGAGAGAGAGAUACCAAAGUCGGCACUUUCUUCGGCCAGACCAUCGACGACUGGCGGGAGUACAACGCCGCAGAGAAGGUUGACAUGUACUACGUCACGGGAGGCAUCAGGGCGUUCAGUGCAGGGCGGGUGAACUAUCACUUCAAGUGGGACGGCCCGUCCUACAGCGUGGACAGCGCGUGCUCAUCGAGCCUUCUCGCCAUUCAGCUCGCAUGCAGCUCCCUCCAAAGUCGCGAGUGUAACAUGGCUGUGGCAGGGGGGUCGAACAUUCUUACUGGUUGCAACAUGUACUCGGGACUGAGCCGGGGCAGCUUCCUGUCACAGACCGGCUCUUGCAAGACUUUCGACAGCGGUGCUGAUGGGUACUGCCGCGGUGAGGGUGUAGGGGUCGUGGUCCUCAAGAGGCUGGACGACGCCCUCGCCAACCGAGACCCUAUUCUGGCAGUGAUCAAGUCCGCUGCGACAAACCACUCAGCACAAGCGGUGUCGAUUACGCAUCCUCACGUGGAGACACAAGAGCGUCUGUUUAGAGACGUCCUGGCACAAGGAGGGGUGAAUCCUACCGAAGUCGAUUAUGUUGAAUGUCAUGGGACCGGCACCCAGGCAGGAGACGCCGCAGAGUCCAGCUCCGUGGUCAAUGUCCUGGCACGAGGGAACAGGGAACGGCCGCUUGUUAUUGGAUCGAUCAAGCCGAGCAUUGGGCACGGAGAAGCAGCCGCGGGGGUAUCGUCCCUCAUCAAGACCUUGUUGAUGAUGCGGAAUCAGGCUAUUCCUCCUCAUAUCGGCGUGAAAGCACAGCUGAAUCCGGCUUUGCCCUCUUUUGCGGAUAACAACUACGAGCUUGCCACAUCUCGUCCAUUUGCCAAGGAGUCGGGCAGAACGAGGAAGAUCAUGAUCAACAACUUCAGUGCAGCGGGCGGCAAUACAAGCCUCCUCAUAGAAGAUGCGCCAUCUGUAUUGCCUGCACCCGAGUCUUUGGACCUUCGAACCACGCAUGUCAUCACAGUCUCCGGGAAAACCCCAGCUUCUCUUCACCAAAACCUUGAGCGUCUCUCCAGCUUUGUGGCCUCGACAUCAUGCUCAAUUUCUAGCAUUGCGUACACGUCUACGGCUCGACGACUGCAUCAUCCCCUCAGGAAGGCAUACGUGGCUAAGACACCAGCUGAGCUAUCUGCUGCGCUGGAACGAGACCGGCCGAGCUGGGAGGACAUCAGCUCCGGCCCCAACAAGCCCCCAACGGUAGUUUUUGCGUUCCCCGGACAAGGAAGCAAGAUUCUCGGGGCCGGCGCCGAGCUGUACAGGACGUCCCCCGCCUGUCGCCGCGAUUUCGACGGAAUGGAUGCUCUCUGCGCUUCCCAAGGCGUGCAGUCAUUCCUGCCAACACUUUUAGGAGAGACGACUGAACCUUCGCCUCUCGAGAACCAACUCACGCUCGCAGUCGUUGAAGUUGUUCUCGCCAGGCUCUGGCAGUCAUGGGGUGUCAAGCCAGACCUCGUCAUCGGCCACAGUCUGGGAGAGUACGCUGCGAUGUGCGUGGCUGGUGUGAUAUCUGCCUCGGACAUGGUCUAUCUGAUUUCAAAAAGGGCUGAGCUCAUGAAGACGCUAUGUGCUGCAGGGACGCGAAAGAUGCUGUCACUACGGCUGGGUGUUAAGGAUGUCGAGGCUGCUCUGAGGCAGUCGUCUGCUGAUUUGCCGUCCCUUCAGGUAGCAUGCAUCAACGGACCGACAUCAACGGUCGUGAGCGGGCUGGCAGAUGACAUAUUGAGAUUCCAGAAGAUGCAGCAAGAGGACUAUGGUGUUACGGCUGUCCUCCUCGAGGUGCCUUAUGCUUUCCACUCUGCCCAGAUGGACCCCAUCUUGGAGCCGUACGAGAAGGAAGCGAGAUCAGUCCAUUUCGCAACGCCUACCAUACCAGUUGCCUCCACGCUCCUAGGCUCCAUUGUUCGGGAACCCGGUGUGUUUUCUGCGUCCUACCUCGCCCGGCAGGCAAGACAGCCUGUGAGAUACACCCAGGCGUUGGACGCCUGUUCCGCGAGUGAGCUCAUUGGCAACAAGACACUAUGGCUAGAAAUUGGACCAGGGACUACCUCACUGUCGUUCGUCAAACAGACGCUGGGAUGCAGUCCGUCUUGCACUCUCCCAACUCUUGACCUGAAAAAGGGAACAUGGGAGACGGCCUCGUCCACUCUCGCUGCUGCGUACACUAACGGAGUCAACAUCCGUUGGACGGAAUUCCAUCACGCUUACAAACACUCUCUCUCCGUGGUCAGCCUGCCGACAUACGCGUUUGAUCUGAAGAACUACUGGCUUGACUACACGAGUCGACUAGACCACCCCAGCUCGGCAGCCUCCUCAAAACCAACACUCGAAGAAACAUCUGCGUUCACGUCUCGCUGCUGGCAGAAGAUAGGAGAAGAGUCCUUUACCCCCACUGAGGCUUGCGUCAAGUUCACGAGCGACUUCAGCGACCCAGAGCUCCACGCCAUGGCCCGCGGCCACAUGGUCGGCGGCGUUGGUCUCUGCCCCAGUUCCUUGUACUCCUCAAUGGCGUACUCCGCGGCGCUCUACAUCUUCCAGAGAAGGGACGCCUCGCUCUCCUCUGUUCCGCCCAUGGACAUUUUUGACAUGGAGAUAUUCAGCCCCUGCAUCGUUUCCGCCGCCGCCGAGUCCCACCCGUUCACGAUUACGGCGAUCCAGGCCUUGCCAUCAGGCGCCGUUGAGCUCAUCUUCGCCAGCUGCCCUGACGGGGAUUCAUACCGCCAGCACGCGAAAUGCUCAGUCUUGCGGGGCGCAGAAUCCAUGUUCUCCGAGGCAAACAAGAACCUCUAUCUCAUCCAGGACCGUAUCUCCACCCUGCGCCGCAUGGAGCAGGCCGAAGAACUCGACCGGCUGAGUAAGAGCACCGUGUACAAGCUAUUCAAGACCGUGGUGGACUACUCCAGGCCGUAUCAGGCGCUGGAAAGUCUGCACCUGAAUCCGGAGCGGCCCGAGUCCUUCGCAAAGCUGAGCUUCCCAUCUCCAGAUGACCCCGAAAACUUUGUCCACAAUCCGUUCUGGAUCGACAACCUGGCGCAGCUCGGAGGCUUCUCGCUCAACGUCAGCCCACCAUCAGGCCAGGACGAUGUGUAUAUCUCUCACGGAUGGCAGAGCAUGCGCAUUCUCCGCCGUCUGACCGCCGCCGAGCAACUCUCCGCCUAUGUCUGCAUGCAACCUUCUCUGGACGAGAGUGGCGUUUGGUCUGGAGAUGUUUACGUUUUCACUAACGAGGAGCUCGUGGCCAUGUGUUCCGGCCUUAAGUUCAAGCAGAUGCGACGGACUGUGUUGUUCAGUCUUCUUGGGGCUGCCAUACCCAACAUGGUCGUUUCCAUGUCCAAGUCGCACUCGCGGUCGUCGUCCUCUGUCUCGGUUCCAAGAGGCCGCAUCUCGGCUCAGUUGACGCCCCCGAUAUCUAGAGCGUCCUCAAAAUCGAGCAGGGUUGGGGUCGAAGAUGCAGCUCUCUCGACAAUUGUAGAGGCUGCCGGGUUGAGAAUGGCCGAUGUCUCUGAGGGCCUGGCUGAGUGGUCUGAUCUUGGGAUAGACUCCCUGCUGACCAUCACCAUCCUGCAGCAGCUGCGCGAAUCUACCGGGAUGGACCUCCCCAGUUCUUUGUUUAGCACGUACCCCACGAUUGAGUCCUUACGGACAUUCUUCCGCGGCAGUGGAGGUAGCAUGAGCAGGAGUCCCAGCGUGUCGCAGGCGCCUCGACAGCACCGCAGCUCUCCUCUGUCGCAGUCGUCUCCUGCGUUUAACAAGAAGACGAAGAGUCGGAGCUCAACUUUGGCAUCGACAGCAACUGCAGACAGCGGCAUCUCCAUGAGCUGCAAUGGGGCAUCGGACAACCUUUGCGAGGUCCUCGCGUCCAUCAUCGCCAGGGAGGUGAGUGUUGGUCGGGAGGAGAUCCUGCCCACCACGCAAUUUUCUGACCUCGGUAUGGACUCGCUGUUGACUAUCACGGUCCUGGCUAGCUUCCGUGAAGAAGCUGGCGUGAGUUUGCCCUCGUCCUUCUUCAACGACUGCCCCACUCUCCAUGAUGCUGAGGUCGCGAUGCGGCCAUCCCAGGCCAGGACUAAUGAGGCUGAGCUCAAACCGCUUCAGUCGGAGAAGAACCCGAUUCUAGGCAGAGUACCGGAACGUGAAUUCGCCAGCACCGUAGUGCUUCUUCAGGGAACUCCAAGGCCUGGCAGACAGUCUUUGUUCCUUCUCCCUGAUGGAUCUGGCUCGGCACUCUCUUACAUUGAUCUUCCACCCCUGACGGAAAAGGCCACUUCGCUGCCCGUCUACGCACUCAACUCACCCUUCAUUAGAGACCCAGACAGCUACACCCUCCCCUUUGAGGCUGUCGCCGAGAUCUUCAUCAAAACCAUUCGAAGCACCCAGCCACAUGGCCCGUAUCUCCUGGCAGGAUGGUCCAUGGGCGGCAUCUUCGCAUACGAGGUCAGCCGCCAGCUGCUUGCUGCCGGCGAGGUCAUCGAGCUGCUUUGCCUGAUCGACAGCCCCUGUCCCCGGACUCUGCCCCCUCUCCCGGCGCCAACACUCGACAUCUUGGACAAGGCGGGGCUGUUCUCCGGGCUGGACAAGGCCGGUAGAGGAGUACCGGACGCCACGCGGAAGCAUUUCCUCGCUAGUGUCCGUACACUGGAGCACUUCCACCCAGCGGAAACGCCCCGGGACGCCGCGCUAGGCAAGGUCGUCAUUAUAUGGGCCAAGGACGGUGUCCUCGAUCGGGUGGUGGACGAAGACAAGAAGAGGGCUGUGCUGAGCGACGACGAGAUUGCCGGGGCCGCGAGGGACUGGCUGGUCGGCAAGAGAAGCGACUUUGGUCCCGCGGGCUGGGACAGGCUCGUGGGCAGGGAGGUGGAGUGCCGGUGUGUCCCUGGCGAUCACUUUUCCAUCGUGAAAGCCCCUCUUAUCAACAAUGUCCAGGAGGUUUUGAGUGAAUCCUUUCAGAGCCUAGGAUUCGCAUGAGCACUGUGGCAUGGCGUGCCGGGCACUAGUUUAGAGCUGUUGGAUAUAGGCUUAGAUAUUCACCCCAGUUUGGAUCUCUUGCAUGGAUUGCGAAUCCCAUGCUGAUAUUCAUUGCAUCGCGUUUAUUUCCUCCUCGGGGUGGAGAUCAAGCGAGUUCAAUCACUGGCCCAAUCAACGAUAAAGCGAGACUCACC